CAUCAAUUCCCGUUAUCGCCUUAAUUCGCAAUCAUGGGUAAAGGAAAGCCAAGAGGUCUCAACGCCGCUCGCAAACUUCAAAACCAUCGUCGCGAGCAAAGAUGGUCUGAUUUGUCCUACAAGAAGCGUGCUUUGGGUACCGCUUUCAAGUCCUCGCCAUUCGGAGGUUCCUCCCACGCCAAGGGUAUCGUUCUCGAGAAGGUCGGAGUCGAGGCCAAACAACCUAACUCCGCUAUCCGAAAGUGUGUCAGAGUCCAGUUGAUCAAGAACGGAAAGAAGGUCACUGCUUUCGUUCCUAACGAUGGUUGUCUUAACUUUGUCGAUGAGAACGACGAGGUUCUCCUCGCUGGUUUCGGUCGUAAGGGAAAGGCCAAGGGAGAUAUUCCUGGUGUUCGUUUCAAGGUCGUCAAGGUCUCUGGUGUCGGAUUGUCUGCUUUGUGGAAGGAGAAGAAGGAGAAGCCAAGAUCAUAAACGAAUAUGUUAACGAUUUUGCUUCUUGGGGGGAAUGGGAUAUGGUGUUUUGCUGUCGCGACGAUCGAUGGCUAGGCUCAGAAUCUACAUAUAGAGCAUAGUACUUUCACACCUGCAGCAUUUGGGAAUGAAAUACCUCCAUUGAUCAUGAUCACCAUCAAUUUGUCUUUUGGAACGGAUUUGGUUCGUGAAAAUGGUUCUUGUGUGAUGAAUAUUUGGGAGAUUGAAAUGGAUUCGAGAUGAUGGCUGGUUGUUCGUCUCGAGUCGAUGUUCGUGGGCUUGGGACGAGUGGCAAAGUGUAGUUUGACUUCAGAAUUUCCACCCACUCGGUACUCCCAAACGCUCAAGCGCGC